AGACGCGCUCGCAGGAGCCUAUAUAAACUGUGCAGCUGUCAGGUGGAGGACACUGCUCUGCACUGUGCGACGGCUUGCUUUUAGAGGAUUACAGCUCUACAUAGAUAUUCAUAGAUCCUAACUGUCACUAUGUCUUGGGGAUAUGCAGACAACAACGGACCCCCGAAAUGGGCUGACAACUUCCCAAUUGCAAACGGACCCCGUCAGUCUCCCAUUGACAUCGUCCCCGCUGAAACAGCGCACGACGGGUCUCUGAAGCCGCUCAGCCUCAAGUACGACCCGUCCACCUGCCUGGACAUCCUCAACAACGGACAUUCCUUCCAGGUGUCCUUCUCAGACGACGGCGACAACUCAACUCUAAAAGACGGACCAAUCUCAGGGACCUACAGGCUUAAGCAGUUUCAUUUCCACUGGGGAGCGUCUGACGACAAAGGCUCUGAACACACAGUGGCUGGGACCAAAUACCCUGCUGAGCUCCAUCUGGUGCACUGGAACACCAAAUAUCCAAGCUUCGGUGAAGCUGCCAGUCAGCCUGAUGGACUCGCCGUUGUUGGAGUCUUCUUGAAGUGUGGUGCUGCAAAUCCCAAUCUUCAGAAGGUUAUUGAUGCAUUUAGUGCCAUCAAGGCUAAAGGCAAGCAGACUACUUUCCCUAACUUCGACCCUGCUACUUUGCUCCCGGGUUGCCUGGACUACUGGACCUACGACGGCUCUCUGACCACACCCCCCCUGCUGGAGAGCGUUACCUGGAUCGUCUGCAAAGAGCCAAUCAGCGUCAGCCCUGAGCAGAUGGCCAAAUUCCGCAGCCUGCUCUUCUCCGCUGAGGGCGAAGCCGAGUGCUGCAUGGUGGACAACUACCGCCCUCCCCAGCCGCUCAAGGGUCGCUCUGUCCGUGCUUCCUUCAAGUAAAAGCCCUCCCCCUGCGUUUGCCCUUUCUGCCCCGUUGCCCUGUCCCUCCCCUCCCCCUGCAGAAUUACCUCUUUUGCAGCAAACAGCAAAACAGACAUAUCUCCUUCCGUCCAGUUUUGAAAUAAAUAAGAGUUUUGAAGUCUAAAGGCAAGCUGGACCAGAAUUAGCACCUCCUGUGUGCAAAAGCCAGCAAACAUGCCCUGUCAUAGUUUAUUUCCAUACACUUCACAUUGACAUACUUACCAGGAUUCUUCUUCUGGUGUUUUAGUGCUUUUAAAGACAUCAAAUAUGUGUGUUCAUCCUUCAUGGGUUGCCUGGCGAAUGAAAACUGAGGAUGAAUCGUGAUCAAAAUGGUGCUCUGAAGCUAGCUGGGAAAUGAUAGCACAAGCUAGUUGCAGUACGUAGGGGGAGGAUUAAACUAUACCACCAUCUGUGGGGGGUGUAAGGUGCCAAUAGUGGACACACACAUGCACACUCCUGCUAGCAGUCCGUCUGUAAUCUCUGACCGACUGCCAGCUUCUGCAGCACAGCGGCUUAAUGAAACCAUGCAGCCGCUUCCAUCGUCAGUGAUUGAUUCAGAAAAUCCCCCUCUGGCACACAUACACACACACACACACACACACACACACACACACACACACACACAUACACACACACACACACACACACACACACACACACACAUAGCGUAACAUGCGCAGUUUCAUGCACUCGCUGUGCCUACCGGCACUGACCUGUUUAUUGAUCCGAGUUGUACAAGAGUGUACAGCAGCAAUGGGCGUAAAGGCAAAAUGCUGCAAUGGCCACUGCAGAUGACGGCGGCUGACAUCUGUUUUCGUACUGUCUAAUCUUUAAAGUUUUAAUGUGCUCGUCACCCCAAGUUGUGUUUUUGUUAUCAUUAAGGAUUGUCUUUUUUUGUUUUGUUCUUCAAAACCUGUCAUGCAAAUUAAGUCUUAAGUGAUUCCUAAGUGAUGUAUGGUAACCAAAAGCUCCUCCUCUGGAUGUCAUGAUGUAGUAGAAAUAGAGAACAAUGAUCUUUCUUUUUCAAAAUGUCAUGUUAAAAUUUAAAAAGAAAAUGCAAAAACUGUUGAGUGCUAAAGCUUAAAACGCACAGUUAUCCUCUGGGCAACGCCGUAGUAGCCAACGCACAACGCCAGGAAGAAACUACUCUGCCAGGGAAGCCAAGGAAGAAAAGAAAACCUGCCAAUAGACAAAAUUACAGUGUCAACCUGGUGUCAGGCCCUGGAGAAUAAUUAAUAAGACCUUGUUAAGCUCUGAAGACUUCUGGGUGCAGCAUUUUCUGAAAAGAAAAGCAUCUCCAGAAAGAUUGUAAUUCAUUAAAAGGAGGAGGAAAAAAAGCCUUAUGCCAAUCAAUUUUUGGGCUCUCCCAGAAGUGUGUAUUUUGGAAGUGGACAUUUACUAGUUGAAUAAAUAUAUUUUACGACAAA